AGUCAGUCAGUGACCGUUCGCAGUGAAAAAACAGUGCCCCCGUUUCGUAGGUCGUGAAAACAGUUGGACAAGUCCUUGGUGAUAACAUUUGUGCAAAAAUGGCCUUCAAGUUUGUAGUUUUUGCUUGUCUGGUGGCGCUUGCGGCCGCUUACCCCGGCAGCUACGGCGACUACUACGGAGCGGAACACGGCGUGGCGGAGGAGGAAGCCGGCGCCGUCGACGAGCACCAGUACGGACAGAUCGCGCGUAUCUCGCUGGACGGCGGUCACGGUCACCACGAGUACGCGGCCCACCACGAGGAUGAGCAUGUGGAUUAUUAUGCCCCACCCAAGUACGCGUUCAAGUACGGCGUCAACGACUUCCACACCGGCGACGUCAAGAGCCAGCACGAGACGCGCGACGGUGACGUCGUGAAGGGCCAGUACUCGCUGGUCGAGCCCGACGGUUCGGUCCGUACCGUCGACUACACCGCCGACAAGCACAGCGGCUUCAACGCCGUCGUCCACAAGACUGCCCCGGUUGCGCACCACGGUGGCCACGGGGACCACUAUUAGGAGAACCUGGCUUGGCAUUUUUGUUUUAGGAGUUAGUAGCCUAUUCUUACCAAAAAAUAUGUUGUUUUUAAUGAAGAAGUUGUAGCAGAAGAAGAAGAAGUUUAAGUCAGUCAGCCGAGGACACCGACCCUGCCGACGAUGACGGACCUCGGCCAUGCCAUUGGACAUUUCCCGCAUUGUUUUUACUAGAGAGGGAGAGAGCUUUUUGAGGGAGGAGAGCUUUAGGGAAGCAAACAUCUUGAAGAGGGCUCCGUUCGUUGUUCUGAACUGUGAUACUCUCCUGUUAAUUGUUAAUUUUUCUUGUUAAAGAACGAAUUGAAGAUUAUUUUUGUUAUGUUUGGUAUAAUUGAUCAAAAUUUGUAUGAAACUACUAAUUAACGAACGGAUCCUCAAACUAGGAAAAAGCUACAACCGGAGUUGGAACACGCAAGCCUGACUCCGGAAGGACCAGUUGCACCAGUUUUAUGUAAAUAUCCAACUUAUCGAACGCUCAGUCACGGAAAAAAUAAUAUCAAAAGCGAUUGGAAGCAGCAUUUUUGCCUGGUUCGGACUUGGACAAGACCUGUUCGCUGAACUGAAAUUUCCUCGAUUACGAAAGCCGUGACUUUUCCUCCCCGUCGAUGGGACCCCACUGACUCCGGAGGGGUCAGUGGCGCCGAGGUGGAAAAACAGGAAACAUCAACUGCCUUAAAAGAUCGCGACUCGACCUGUUUGGUGUGAUGCAACACCAUCUUUUUCCUGGCUCAAUUGCUGCUGCAGUGCAACUUGCUCCCAUAAACGGUUCUUCGCCGUGCAGAAGCUUUCCUCCCCCAGCCUCCCCAUCACUCUACUCUAAUUCAUUUCCACAAGUCUCACUUUCAUCGACCACAUUCACACGCAAAAAACCCGUCGGUAUUAGGAAAAAUGAAAGGAAAAUCGCAAAACGCAGCACAAAAAAAGAAGCAAACUUGUUACUUGUAUUUAUGUUGAUAUGUUUAUAGCUACCGCUCUCUGAUUAAUUAGUAGCGUCGUAAUGCACAUGUUGUUGUACAUCUAUGUUGUUAGCGAUGUAGUAUGAUAGUGAGCUUAUGUUGAGAAAAAAAAUGAGAAAAAGAAGAAGAUAUGUAAAGAAGACGAUUCAAUAAAUAUGAAACAAACGAAUGAAAUGA